UAUCUUCUCCCUCGAUCUUCUUUAAAACCUUCGUCCGCAAGCUCUCUCUCUCUCUCUCUGCAAAAGCCAAAUUUCGUUUUCAUUUUUAAUUUUGAUUAAUUUUGAAUCAUAAUCUCUCUGCAAAACAGAUCCAAACGAUGUGCAAUGCCAUUCCUCCCAAUUCAGCUCCGACGCCCAGAAUCCCUCGACUGGCUCUCUGAUCGAACUUGACUCACCCCGGACAACCAUCCACACAACCACUUCAAACAGAGCUCUCUCUCUCUCUCUCUCUCUCUUAUUCACUUUCUCCUUCCUCUCAAUGGGAACUGUGCCUUCGACGCCGCGUCACAGCAGCAGCGACUCCGCGGAGUAUCUAAUCGCCACGUUCGUUGGCGAGAAAUCAUUCCCUUUGGCCUCCGAUUUCUGGCAAAAGCUCCUGGAGCUCCCAUUCACUCUUAACUGGCCCAGUCACCGCGUCAAUCAUGCCUACCAGCUCUUUGCACAAAACAAUCGCUACACGAGGCAUCUUGCAAAAAUUUUGAUUCAUCUAGCAUGGUGUUUACAGUCUUUUCCUGCCUCUGGUGCUUCAUCUACAACUUAUAUGAAGGCUGUCAACGCAGCGUACAUAUCAUCUAUUUUCCUGAAAAACAUAAUUGAAAACUCACAAAGUGGCGACCUCAAAGAGUUAUACCUCUCUUUGGAUGAAAGUGAACCAAUACCCAAAGAGUUUAUAAGAGGUCAAAAUAUUGAGAAUCUUGUCAUGCAUAGUGUGCUUAGUUUUAUUGGAUCGAUAGAUAUAAGUGCGGAUACAUAUCCUCUACAUCAGGAGUUGCUUAACUUUAUGCUUGUUGCAAUGUCAACUCAACUUCUUUCAGAACCGUCUCCUGGACCAGGGCAUAUAAACCCUUUUAUUGAUGCAGCAGUGUCUCAGGAAACUUCUCUUGUUAGUUUGGUGGUCCGCAGGCUAUUAUUAAAUUACAUAAUCCGACCUCACAUCUCAAGGAAUACUUCUUAUUCUAUAUUUUCUGAAAGAAGUCAACCUGGUGUCCUACAGAGAGUUGGUUCUGCAGCUGCAACUUUUGUAUUAUUGCCCUUCAACUAUUUAGUCAGUUCAAGUGGUGAAGGAUCUAGAAAUCUGUUUGCAGACUGUAGUCUCCAUGUGUUGCUUAUUCUCGUUCAUUACCAAAAAUGUCUUGUGAGUGACGUGUCAGUAACGGAUAGAAGUGAUGAUGGUGCCGGAUUGGAUUCUGUUUCAAAAGAUACUGCUUAUUUCUCUGAUAACCCUUAUUCCAAGGCUUUGGGAAACGCAAGGGAUAUUGAAUUUGACCGUGUAGAUAUUGAGGGAAAUGCCCAUGAUGGUCCACUUGUAAGGUUACCUUUUGCGUCUCUAUUUGAUACUCUUGGCAUGUGCUUGUCUGAUGAAACUGCUGUUCUAUUGCUGUACUCGUUGUUGCAAGGGAACUCUGACUUUUUAGAGUAUGUGUUGGUGCGGACUGAUUUGGAUACAUUGUUGAUACCGAUCUUGGAAACAUUAUAUAAUGCUUCAAGGAGGACAUCUAAUCAAAUCUACAUGUUGUUGAUUAUACUUCUCAUACUUAGCCAAGAUUCUUCUUUUAAUGCAAGUAUUCACAAAAUGGUCCUGCCAGGAGUUCCGUGGUAUAAAGAACACCUGCUACAUCAGACAUCUCUUGGUUCUUUGUUGGUGAUUGUUUUAAUAAGGACUGUACAAUAUAACCUUUCUAAGCUGCGGGAUGUCUAUCUCCAUACAACUUGUCUGGCAACAUUGGCAAACAUGGCCCCUCAUGUCCACCGUUUAAGUGCAUAUGCUUCACAAAGACUAGUUAGUCUUUUCUAUAUGCUCUCGCGCAAGUAUAACAAAUUAGCAGAGCUUAGAGAUGAGAAGCUGCAUGCCCAAGGCAAUUCUUUUGAGCAAGAAAGCCUCACAGAUGAUCUGACAGCGGAAUUGCAUAUCUAUACAGACUUCCUGAGAAUUGUCCUUGAAAUACUAAAUGCGAUUUUGACUUAUGCCUUACCAAGAAAUCCUGAGGUUGUGUACGCAAUUAUGCACCGGCAGGAAGUUUUUCAGCCAUUCAAGAAUCAUCCACGAUUCAAUGAGCUGCUUGAUAACAUAUAUACUGUGUUAGAUUUCUUUAAUAGUCGCAUGGAUGCUCAACGGUCAGAUGGUGAAUGGUCAGUAGAGAAAGUUCUCCAAUUCAUAAUCAAUAAUUGCCGAUCCUGGCGAGGUGAAGGAAUGAAGAUGUUUACUCAAUUACAUUUCUCAUACGAACAAGAGAGUCAUCCGGAGGAGUUCUUUAUUCCAUACGUGUGGCAGCUUGUCCUAUCUCACUGCGGAUUCAGUUUUAAUCCCCAUGCUAUUAAUCUAUUUCCAGUUGAGCUGCAUGCUGAAAAGCAGAUUGAUCAUGGCGGGGAAACAAACAUGCAUCUGAAUGGUGAGUUUAAUGAACAUAGGGUUGUUGUGGAGCUGUAGCUCAAUGAUAUAAUAUCCUGGUCUUUGCCAUGUGUGUAUCCAGGCAGAGUAUGUAAAUAGAUAAGAUAGCAGAAAAUGUAUUCGUGUCAUUCUUUGGUGUUAAUAUAUGAGUUUCUGUAGAGGCCUUUUCCCCACAGAUGAAAUUGAGAUUAUCCUAUGUAAUAAAUAAGAGAAGGAUAAUUUCAGUUCCUGAUAUAAUUUUUCAGUAGAAAGUUUCAGCUCUUCUUAAUCCUGCAAGAGCUAAGUUUGUAUCCCGGUUGAAUUUUGGGUGAGGAACAAUUAGCUACUUCAAGCAAGCAAACUUCCUGGAGCAACUCUUUAUGUUUGGCGACCGGCUACGCCAAGCAUUUUUGUCAUUUCUCUGAGAAUUUUUUUAACCUCUAUGAGGGAGUCGCACUUAUUCCAA